UGAUUCAUUGAGAGUGACUUGUGUUAGUCUCUUAAAACUCAGUGGGAACUCAAUAAAAGGUCAAAGCUGGUAUGGGUAGAGCCGUUACAAGACUUUGAGAAGAGGAAUUAAUAGUCAAAAUGGUGAAAUGUCUUGUGAAAAUCCAAACCAAGAGAAGCAUUCAUUUGCGGAUGGUUAACCACUGCAACAAGGAAGUGUGCAUUCGAUUGCUGCGGCAUGGCUCCAAGAUCACAGCCAGAAGGGCUGGUAUCCAGCUGCCAAAGGAAGAUGAAAUUUCUGUACCUGUGACUUCGAGCUCCCCGGUUAAGGACACUGGGGCGGAUGUUGAUCUUGCCAUUGAACAGGAGGAGAAGAUGAAAGAGGAACCUUUAACCAUCUCCGAACUGGUAUACAGUCCUAGUGCCAGCUUGCUGCCCACCCCUGUUGAUGAUGAGAUUGACAUGCUCUUUGAUACCUGUCCAAGAGUGGAGAAUGAGAAAGAUGAUACAGAUUCAUUUGAGGAACUGGAAGCAGAUGAAAAUGCAUUUUUAAUUGCGGAGGAGGAAGAACUGAAAGAAGCUCGGAGAGCACUUAGAUGGAGCUACGACUUUCUAAUGGGCAACAUUGAAGUAAAUGCCUUUGUGAAGAGUUUCUCCAGACUUCUGCUUGUAGGCCUUGGACUCUUGUUGCUUGUGUUCCCUCUUCUACUUCUUCUCUUGGAAUCGGACCUUCAAAUCUCUUUUCUCCACGAAAUCCGCCAGACACCGGAGUUUCAGCAGUUUCAUAUUGAGUAUUACUGCCCGCUUAGGCAGUGGGUGACUUGCAAACUAAACUUCAUUCGUGACAUGCUGGGCAGCUUUUAAAUUUUAAAUAAAUAUGAUACAACUAAGGGCUAUAUUCAAAAUUUCAGUUAGUGCCAGCUUUCCAAAAUGGCUCUGGAGCCAUUACUUGGUAG